AUAAGAGUCGAAAGAUUCGACUUUGUACACUCGUUUGGUUGAGUAAUUUGGCAAUUAAAAAAUGCAUCUCCUCGUAGUACUUUUAGGCUCUGUGUGUGCCCUAGUCGUUGGGGCACCAAGCGUACAAAAAAUAGAUUCACCCCAUCCGGCUUACAUAAAAGAUGUAGAAAUUUUGCCAUCCGACGAUACCAGAAUAAUUCGAGGUCAGGCAGCCGUUAGAGACCAAUUCCCUUACCAGAUUUCCCUGCGCUGGGGUUUCCUUUCAACGGCCUCCCACAUCUGCGGUGCUAGUAUCAUUAGUUCUGUGGUGGUACUCACGGCUGCCCAUUGUAUCCAAGACUACGGUACCCACACAGUUGUGGCUGGACUUCUGAAUCGAGUCGAAACUACCUCGGCUACUCAAAGCAGAAGUGCUAGCAAUAUUGUAGUUCACGAAAACUGGCCUGGCGGUAGUGUUGUCUCUCCAUGGGACGUUGCUUUAAUAAUAGUAUCAUCACCGUUCGUAUUUACCACUUCCGUCCAACCUAUUGAACUUCCUAGCCAAGGAGCCCCUACAUCUGGAGAUGUCGUCGUUUCUGGAUGGGGAAGGACGUCAGGAAUAAUAUCCGGUGCCCCAAGUGUACUACAAUACGUCGACCUAGAAGUUCUACCAAAUGAAGAGUGCGCUGAAGAUUUGGUCAGUGUGUUGGGAAGAUCGAAUCCUUUGGACGAAACGAUGAUCUGUACCAGUGGAAGACAAUACGCAGGAGUUUGCAGUGGUGACUCUGGUGGCCCAUUGGUCAAAGACGGUGUCCAAGUAGGUAUCGUCUCGUGGGGAGUCUCACCAUGUGGCAUCACUAUUGCCCCCUCCGUCUUCACAAGAGUUUCAAGCUAUUCCAACUGGAUUUACAAUAACUUGUAAAACGGCUAUCUGCCGCUCCUUUGACAGGCAUUUGUUUUCGAGAAUAUAAAUAAUUCUGUACGCAAACCGAAACAUUAAAUAAAACAACCAAGGACUAAUAUAUAA